AUGUUUUUUACACAUGGGUUGAGCAUAUCUAGUCUGAGAGGUCAAAGUUAUGAUGGAGCAAGCAAUAUGUCAAGUGAGUUCAAUGGCUUAAAAUCUUUAAUUUUAAGAGAGAACCCAUGUGCUAUGCAUGUUCAUUGCUUUGCUCACCAGCUUCAGUUGGCAGUUGUUUCUGUGGCACAUAGGAAUGUUAUGCUUAGUGAUUUAUUUAAAAUGCUUGCUAUUAUUGUGAAUUUGGUUGGCGCAUCAUGUAAACGUGUAGAUGCUCUUCGAACAAGUUAUCAUUCUGAAAUUUUGGAGAGGCUUAAUAUUGAGGAACUUUCUGGUGGAACUGGUCAGUUUCAAGAAAUGAGUAUGGCACGCCUAGGUGAUACUAGAAGGGGCUCACAUCUAAAGACAGUUACUCACUUUAUUAACGACCUUUCACAAGCCUUACAGAAAAAGGAUCAGGAUAUUCAGAAUGCUAUGAGAUUAUUGAAGUUGUGUAAGUACGCAUUGCAGAACAUGAGAGAUAAUGGUUGGGAUACUUUGUUGAGUAAGGAAAUUGAGUUUUGUGUUGAUAAACAUAUUUCAGUGCCAAAUAUGGAUGAUAUUAAACAACCAACUACUGAGCUUUUUACUUGCAUUUCGUGUUUAAGUCCAAGAGAUUCAUUUGCAGCUUUCGAUAAGUUGGUUGAAACUGGAGGUUCUUGUUGUUUUCUAUUGGUUUAUAGGCUGAUCACAUUGAUUUUGAUAUUACCUGUGGCAAUUGCAAGUGUUGAAAGGAUAUUCUCUGCUAUUAAUCUAAUCAAGAAUGAUCUGCGCAACAAAAUGGGAGAUGAAUUGUUGAAUGACAAUUUGGUAGUUUACAUGGAGAAAUAUCUUUUUAUGAAACUUGAGAAUGAGAUAAUAUUGCAACAUUUUCAAAAUAUGCGACCUCGUAGAAUUCAAUUAUCUAAGCUUACAAUUACAGAGUAA